UUGUGAUCGGCCUUCCGUUUGUAAUUGUAUUUCUGGUGAUCAAAUUCAAAAGGAGGCAUUUGUCCAUGUAUGAUGCGAUUGAAGGCUUUUUGCAAACACAAAACAAUUUCAUGCCAAUCAGAUAUAACUACUCCCACAUAAAAAGAAUGACCAGAGCAUUCAAAGAGAAAUUAGGUGAGGGAGGUUACAGCAGUGUAUACAAAGGAAAGCUUCAAAGUGGAAGAGAUGUAGCAGUGAAGAUGUUGAACAAGCCUAAAGCUGGUUGUCAAGACUUCAUGAAUGAAGUGGCUACCAUUGGAAGGAUCCAUCAUGUCAAUGUGGUCGGGCUCGUGGGGUAUUGUGUUGAAGGAACAAUACGUGCUCUUGUAUACGACUUCAUGCCCAACGGAUCACUCGAUAAGUACAUCAGCACCAGUCAAGAAGGAAGUCCUCUGUUAAGUUGGCAGAGGAAGUAUGACAUUAUUCUUGGAGUGGCUCGAGGAAUUGGAUAUUUGCAUCGAGGCUGUGAUGUACAAAUUUUGCAUUUUGACAUCAAGCCACACAACAUUCUUUUGGAUGAGAAUUUCAUUCCAAAGAUUUCUGACUUUGGGCUUGCAAAAUUAUAUACAACAAAUAAUAGCAUUGUGAACCUCACAGCAGCUCGUGGAACGAUUGGAUAUGUAGCUCCAGAGUUGAUCAGCAGAAGCAUUGGGGCAAUCUCUUACAAAGCUGAUGUUUACAGCUUUGGAAUGCUGCUAAUGGAAAUGCUGGACUUGAAUAGACAUGAAGUUGCAAAUGAAGAGAAUUCCAGCCAAUAUUUUCCUUAUUAUAUUUACGAUAAGUUCAACAAGGGGAAGGAGAUUGUUGUGGAUGAAGAAGCAAAUGAUGAUGAAAAGAAGAUGGCUAGAAAGCUGACUUUAGUUGCGCUAUGGUGCAUACAAACAAAUCCGUUACAACGCCCUUCGAUGAGUAGAGUAUUAGAAAUGCUUGAAGGUGAAGUUGAAGUGCUAGAAGUACCUCCUCAGCCUCUUCAAUCUCAACCGUUUGUUCAUCAGAUGAUGGGAAGUUCCAUGACAUUUUCGUCUGAUUCAAUCGCUUUGUUAGAAAAUUCCGCGGAUAAUCCCGUUGAAUUAGACAUAUGUUUUGAUUGACUCAUAGUUGAUGUAAUGUUUUUGUGAAAUAACAAAUAU